AUGGCCGACUCCGACGAGGAAUACGUGGGCGAGGUCACCGACGACGAGGACGACUUCCAAGUCUCGCGCACUGGCCCCGAGCGCCGCUCCAGGAGGCGCAAACAGCGAGGCGGCGCCGAGUGGGAGCUGUCCCGGACCUGGGAGACACUGGUCGAGGGCGCCGAUGGCACCAUCAGCUCCACGGUCGAGGGCCUGCUCGAGGCCGGGAAGCGCAAACGAUUGUUGAAAGACACAACACCGCUGCAACGCGGCAUCAUUCGACACCUGAUCCUGACUCUGGACCUCUCGCAGUCCAUGUCCGAAAAGGAUCUCCGGCCCACCCGAUAUCUGUUAACCCUGCGAUAUGCCCAGGAGUUCGUGCGCGAGUUCUUCGAGCAAAAUCCCAUCUCCCAACUCGGCGUGCUGGGCCUGCGAGACGGUCUCGCCAUUCGAAUCAGCGAUAUGAGCGGCAAUCCCACGGAGCACCUGACGGCAAUCCAGGCGCUGAAACCCCAGGACCCAAAAGGCCUCCCAAGUCUACAGAAUGGCCUCGAAAUGGCCCGAGGUGCCCUCUUUCAUACCCCAAGCCAUGGAACCCGAGAAGUGCUGAUCCUGUUCGGGUCUCUCCUGUCCUCUGAUCCGGGCGAUAUUCACCAAACCAUCAAUACCCUGAUCAGCGACCAGAUCCGGGUCCGGAUCGUCGGCCUGGCCGCGCAGGUGGCCAUCUGCCGCGAACUGUGCACGAGAACCAAUGGUGGGGACGAAACAGCAUACGGGGUGGCACUCAAUGAGCAACAUUUCCGAGAGCUGAUGAUGGACGUCACAACCCCUCCAGCAACAGAUUCCCACAAACAAUCGGCAAGCUCACUCCUCAUGAUGGGGUUUCCAUCUCGGACCAUGGAUUCUGCCCCUUCGCUCUGCGCGUGCCAUUCGAACCCUUCCCGCGGGGGAUAUAAAUGCUCCCGUUGCCACAGCAAAGUGUGCAGUCUGCCUGCCGAGUGUCCGGCCUGUGGCCUGACCCUGAUUCUGUCGACUCACCUUGCGCGAUCCUAUCAUCAUCUCUUCCCUCUGAUCAACUGGGUGGAGGUGCCAUGGCGCAGGGCCUCAAAAAGUGCCGCGUGCUUUGCCUGUGGUAUUCCCUUCCCCCCGUACCCUCAGAAGACCAGUGGUCAGUGA